CAGGCGCAGUGCGGAUAAACAGGAAGCGGGCGGUAGCGGCAGCGGCAGCGGCAGCGGCGACCUAGGGGGUUUCGGAGUAGGGGGGAAAAACCAGUGGAAGGACCGGGGUUACCGGGACGGCGACAGACACUCGCUGAGACGGAGAGACGGCGCUGCGGCCCUCCGCCUCCCCGGGACGAGAGGUCGCCGCCUCGCUCUCCGCCGAGGUUCUUUUCCAGCUGCCCGGCUCGGGCUGUGGCAGCGGCUGACAAAGGGCUCGCGCCGGUGCCGCCGCCCUUCGCAUCCGGGCAUCCGGGUCCCCGCGGAGAGGGCGGGGGCAGGGCGGAGGGGGAGGGGAAGGAGCCCGCGGGGCGCGCGCGCUAGGAGCCGAGCCCCUCUCCCGGGCUCCGGGCCGGCGGCCCAACGGACGGAGGCCGACGAGGACCCGCAGAGGUGGCGGCGGCCGUGGGCAGGAGGAGGAUGGUGCAGAAGGAGAGCCAGGCGGCGCUGGAGGAGCGGGAGAGCGAGCUCGGCGCCAACGCCGCCGCCUCCGCGGGGGCCUCGUUGGAGCCGCCGGCAGCUGCGGCCCCCGGAGAAGACAGUCCCGGCGGGGCCGGGGGAGCCGUGGUGGCCGGGGCGGCCGGGGGCGCCCGGAGGUUCCUGUGCGGCGUGGUGGAAGGAUUUUAUGGAAGACCUUGGGUUAUGGAACAGAGAAAAGAACUCUUUAGAAGGCUCCAGAAAUGGGAAUUAAAUACAUACUUGUAUGCCCCGAAAGAUGACUACAAACAUAGGAUGUUUUGGCGAGAGAUGUAUUCAGUGGAAGAAGCUGAGCAACUCAUGACUCUCAUCUCUGCUGCACGGGAAUAUGAGAUAGAGUUCAUAUAUGCUAUCUCACCUGGAUUGGAUAUUACCUUUUCUAACCCCAAGGAAGUAUCCACAUUGAAACGCAAAUUGGACCAGGUUUCUCAGUUUGGAUGCAGGUCAUUUGCUUUGCUUUUUGAUGAUAUUGACCAUAAUAUGUGUGCAGCAGACAAAGAGGUAUUCAGUUCUUUUGCUCAUGCCCAGGUCUCCAUCACAAAUGAAAUCUAUCAAUACCUAGGAGAGCCAGAAACUUUCCUCUUUUGUCCCACAGAAUACUGUGGCACUUUCUGUUACCCAAAUGUGUCCCAGUCGCCUUACCUAAGGACUGUGGGUGAAAAACUUCUACCUGGGAUUGAGGUGCUUUGGACAGGUCCCAAAGUUGUUUCUAAAGAAAUUCCAGUUGAGUCUAUUGAAGAGGUUUCAAAGAUUAUUAAGAGAGCUCCAGUAAUCUGGGAUAACAUCCAUGCUAAUGACUAUGAUCAGAAGAGACUCUUUCUGGGCCCAUACAAGGGACGCUCUACAGAACUUAUUCCACGGUUAAAAGGAGUGCUCACUAAUCCAAAUUGUGAAUUCGAAGCUAACUAUGUCGCUAUCCAUACCCUUGCCACCUGGUAUAAAUCAAACAUGAACGGAGUAAGAAAAGAUGUAGUGAUGACUGAUAGUGAAGACAGCACUGUGUCAAUUCAGAUCAAGUUAGAAAAUGAAGGCAGCGAUGAAGACAUUGAAACUGAUGUCCUCUAUAGUCCUCAGAUGGCUCUAAAGCUAGCUCUAACAGAAUGGCUGCAGGAAUUUGGCGUACCUCAUCAGUACAGCAGUAGGCAGGUUGCACACAGUGGAGCUAAAGCAAGUGUGGUUGAUGGGACUCCUUUAGUCGCAGCCUCAUCUUUAAAUGCCGCUACUGUUGUUACAACGGUUUACCAGGAGCCCAUUAUGAGCCAGGGAGCAGCCUUGAGUGGUGAACCGACAGCUCUCACGAAGGAAGAAGAAAAGAAACAACCAGAUGAGGAGCCCAUGGAUAUGGUAGUAGAAAAGCAAGAAGAAACAGAUCACAAGAAUGACAAUCAAAUAUUAACUGAAAUUGUUGAAGCUAAAAUGGCAGAGGAAUUGAAACCAAUGGAUACCGACAAGGAGAGCAUAGCUGAAUCAAAAUCCCCAGAGAUGUCUAUGCAGGAAGAUUGUAUUAGUGACAUUGCACCGAUGCAGACUGAUGAACAGACAAAUAAGGAGCAGUUUGUGCCUGGUCCUAAUGAGAAGCCUUUGUACACUGCAGAACCAGUGACUCUGGAGGAUUUGCAGUUACUUGCUGAUCUGUUCUAUCUUCCAUAUGAGCAUGGACCCAAGGGAGCACAGAUGUUACGGGAGUUCCAGUGGCUUCGAGCAAAUAGCAGUGUUGUCAGUGUCAAUUGCAAAGGAAAAGACUCUGAAAAGAUUGAAGAAUGGAGGUCACGGGCAGCCAAGUUUGAAGAAAUGUGUGGACUCGUAAUGGGCAUGUUCACUCGGCUCUCCAAUUGUGCCAACAGGACGAUCCUUUAUGACAUGUACUCCUAUGUUUGGGAUAUCAAGAGUAUAAUGUCUAUGGUGAAGUCUUUUGUACAAUGGUUAGGGUGUCGUAGUCAUUCUUCAGCACAGUUCUUAAUUGGAGACCAAGAACCCUGGGCCUUUAGAGGUGGUCUAGCAGGAGAGUUCCAGCGUUUGCUGCCAAUUGAUGGGGCAAAUGAUCUCUUUUUUCAACCACCCCCACUGACUCCCACCUCCAAAGUUUAUACUAUCAGACCAUACUUUCCUAAAGAUGAGGCUUCCGUGUACAAGAUUUGCAGAGAAAUGUAUGACGAUGGAGUGGGUUUACCUUUUCAAAGUCAGCCUGACCUUAUUGGAGACAAGUUGGUAGGAGGACUGCUUUCUCUCAGCCUGGAUUACUGUUUUGUCCUAGAAGAUGAAGAUGGCAUAUGUGGUUAUGCCCUGGGCACAGUAGAUGUGACCCCCUUCAUUAAAAAAUGUAAAAUUUCCUGGAUUCCCUUCAUGCAGGAGAAGUAUACCAAGCCAAAUGGUGAUAAAGAACUUUCUGAGGCUGAGAAAAUAAUGUUGAGUUUCCAUGAAGAACAGGAAGUGUUACCAGAAACUUUCCUUGCCAACUUUCCUUCUCUGAUAAAGAUGGAUAUUCACAAGAAAGUGACUGACCCAAGCGUAGCUAAAAGCAUGAUGGCUUGCCUUCUGUCUUCAUUGAAGGCUAAUGGCUCCAGGGGGGCUUUCUGUGAAGUAAGACCAGAUGAUAAAAGAAUUCUGGAAUUUUACAGCAAGUUAGGCUGUUUCGAAAUUGCAAAAAUGGAAGGAUUUCCGAAGGAUGUGGUUAUACUUGGUCGAAGCCUGUAACAUUUAUGUCGUAACUGUAAACUGUCCAAAAGUCUCUUAACUUCACCUGGUGGGUGGUGUUGGAGGGUCUUCAUGCAGUUUAGCCUCUGGAGUGACAGCAGAUUGGCCAAUUGGGAUUGGAAACAAAGAAGACUAUUGAAAUCUCACUCAGACUACUCACAGGUUGGAAGAAGAUAGUAUUGCCUCAAAUCUUACAUGAAGCAGAGAUAUGGGCCUCCUUAUUUUGUGUCUUGAAUUAGGUGUCAAGACUUUUUACUUGGGCUUAUUGGGAGGGGGGGCCAAUAAAUGUAGUUGGCACUGUUUUGUGCAUCCAGUGUGGUUGCAUUUCUCACCUAAGAGUGAUCAACAUUUGUCAUCCUCCUCUGCUUAAUUGAAUGAAGUAUUUUUCAUUCUUUGGGGAUUUGGCAGAGAUAAGAUUUAGUGAGCUUCAGAGGCUUCAAGGUGGCGAUUCUCUGUGGGAUGGCUGUAGCAUAGUUAAAAGCUGAAUUAAACACUUACAGUUAUGGAAGUUUUUCUGCUUUUUGUAAGCCACAGCCAGUCGUCUCCUGUAAUGACCAUUGGUUCAGGCAUGUUGUGCUUUUGUAGGGACAAAUGUGCAGUUGUUUGUGACAAAGCCUAAAAAUGACAAAACUUGUAAAAUUUUUGUACAUAAACUACCUGUGACCUAACUAUCUUUUGUGUUUACUGUUUCUGUAAUUUCUUUCUUUGAAAAUGAAAAGGUGUGGUUCAGGGAUCCACCUUGAAUAAUGUAUAUCAAUGGAAGGUGGAUUUUCUUUACCUUUGUCUUUUUUUUUUUUUUUAAGACGUUUUAUUUUUGAAGUGCCUCCUACCUAGGCCCAGGCUGUGACCACUUUGGGUAGAGAGCCUAACUUCUUAAUACUAAUGGUUGCAGAGUGCAGUAACUUUUGGAAAUUACCCUCAAUGCAGGUCAGCAUGUGAAAUGUUAAUUUUGACAUCUGCCUGGUAGGGUGCAGGGACUGAUUGGUGGUUCCUUUUGCCCUCUGGUCAGUUGUCCUUUAAUUUCAAGACCUGUUACUACUGGUUUUAUUAAAUCAGUCUAAUUCUUGCAUGUUUGUAUGUUUUUAAAAGAAUGAGCACACUUUUAACCAAUGCUUAUGGUUGUCCUUUUCUUUUUCCUUUAACCACAGAUUCUGAGAACUUCACGUAUUUUUAUUUAAAUUUGGUGUUUUUAAGGGUUAUGAGCAUGAGGCUUAACAGGUAUCCUCUGCAGGAAUCACUUUUUCAUCAUGGCUGGCUGACUUCUAUGACCAGAAAUUCAUAACAUUAAUUUGUCAUCUUGCUUCCCUGCAGUUUAUUGUUUUUAAUCAGCUGUUUAACUUUGAGCUGAGGUGGGAAGAGGCAAGGAGAAAACCACUUGGAUCAUUUUUCAUCAUAGAAUUCCAUCAAUGUGGGCAUUGAGUAUUAAAGCAUUGUACCUAAUGGUACCUAAGUGACUUUAAGACCUGUGAAUGUGCAUUGAAUAGGAGAGGUGGGAGGAAGGAAGGAUCUUCAUUUUUAGGCAGAACCUUCAGCACAUAGAAGAACAUGGUGUAUUGGAAAACUGGAACCUGUUUUUUUCAAGGACUGAGGUGAAGGAAAGAUCUAUAUUGUUUUAAAUGACCUAAUAAUCAUUUGAUUUUUAUCUUUUAAGUACAUUUUGUACAUUUGUGGACAAUUCUAGUAUUUAUCUGGAGGAUUUCAGGGUCAGCCUCCUAUGGAAUCAGGAUUUUUAAUAACUCUGCUUACGGCUUUAUCUGGGCUUUUAAUGAUCACUUUGGCUGGUUUUCUGGUCACAGAUGCCAGCAACGAAGCUGGUGUCCAGGCCUGUACCUUCAUCACUGUAGGAUUGUGUAAAGUGCUAUGCUAUCUUCUAUGGUUACGAGUAUUUAUUAAGGUUGGAAUGACAUUUCAUUGAUUGUUUAGAUCACAGCUCAGUUCCUGUAGAAAACAGACUGUAAAACUAUCUGAAGACCAUGCAAGAGGCAAAAUAAAACUUGAAGUCAA